GAUUCUCAGGUAGGUUUCCGAGCUCUGUAUAAAUAUCCCUUAUAUAGGAUUCCCAGGUAGGUUUCCAAGCUCUGUAUAAAUAUCCCUUAUAUAGGAUUCUCAGGUAGGUUUCCGAGCUCUGUAUAAAUAUCCCUUAUAUAGGAUUCUGAGGUAGGUUUCCAAGCUCUGUAUAAAUAUCCCUUAUAUAGGAUUCUCAGGUAGGUUGCCGAGCUCUGUAUAAAUAUCCCUUAUAUAGGAUUCUCAGGUAGGUUUCCGAGCUCUGUAUAAAUAUCCCUUAUAUAGGAUUCCCAGGUAGGUUUCCGAGCUCUGUAUAAAUAUCCCUUAUAUAGGAUUCCCAGGUAGGUUUCCGAGCUCUGUAUAAAUAUCACGUCCGUUAAACAGAGCUAUUAGGAAGGCCCCCAACUCCUGUAAAUACAUCCCUCAGGUGGUGUUGAAGCUAUGUUACAAAGUGAUAUCUGUAUUAUGUCCGCACUGUUUUAAAAAGUAGCUGAAAUUCGCACCUUCUUUUGCGACAUUGUGUUUGAUACGAGGCUCUCUCCUCUCUCUAUGUGAUGCUCAGGUUGUGCUUGCUUCCACCAUGGAUACAAGUCAGGUUGUUGCCAUUAAAGUAAUAAAGAAAGCUAAAGUUGAGGAAAACACCAUUCAGAAGGAGAAUCGAAUACUGCAAAUGGCGUGCGGCAGUCCGUUCCUGUGUCAGGGACUCACUGCCUUCCAGACCCCGGUAUGAAACUCCGUGCCCAUAAUGUUUCCUUAUUUCUAGAUAUUUCUAUAUGGCUGAUUGUGUUCUGUUCAUAUUAAUGCAGUUUAUAUUAACCGGAAAUUUGCUGUCUCUCUUGUGAAACAGGAGUACACCUGCCUGGUCAUGGAGUACAUACCAGGGGACAGUCUCCAAUCCUAUAUGACUGGGAAAGAACAUCUGUCCAUGGAGGAAGCAAGGUGAGUCAUUAAUAGCACUAACAGGUAGAGGAAAGAAGUAGUGAGUUUAACACACGAUACAGAAAUGUACCUUUCAAUGUCAGCCAGACAAUGGGCAAUACAAGAAACUUGGAACUCUGAGCGGGAGGUGUUCUGUAUGAACUGAUGGCAGAUCGGGAGCAGAUAUGAGUUAGCUGACCUGCCGUAGCCCUAAGCCGACUUCAGGGUGUAUUUCAAUUUUUAUUACCAUGGAUCUUCUGAAUCAAUUCAUAUAUAGAUUGUGCUUUAUAACAAAGAACUGAGAAGGGUUUAAUGGGUAACAUAUCAAGAGACAGUCCACCAUAUGGGUACUUAUUGAGUAAAACCAUUAUAAGGAUCAUGUUUUCAAUUAAUAAAACUGAUGGUUUUAAUAUUAAUGGUAUUGAAGUAAAGUCUUAUCUCCCAUGGACAGGUCCCAUUUAAUUUAAAAUGAAAAUGUUUUGUAUAUAUUUGUAGCAGAUUGUUAGGUAUGAUAAAUAGAUACUUGUAUCGUACUUGCUGUCAUACGUUUCUCGUCCUGCGCAACUCCGGUCCCUCCGUCCAUGCAGACUGUGUCUCCCCUCUCCCGCGGUGUCCUAAAGUUCGGCAGCCGAUGGGUGGUCACACGUCCACGCAAUUAACGGCACUGUCUUUGGCCCCUUAAAGGGAAAGCACUCCUAUUAUAACUGCUCACUAAUUACCUUAAUUGGUUCCCUAGCCUAUCAACACACACUUAGGCCUAUUUAUACCUCCCACUGACAUCACUUUCUUUGUAGUCCGAGAGUGCGUUUCUUUAGCUUAGACUUUUCUGGUAUCUUACUUCCACUUUGUUUUCUGGUAUCCUUGACCCUUUUCUUUGUUCUACAUUCAUCCUUUCGUCUCCAAUCCAGAACUUGGCCGGUCUGUCUAUUCUAUACCUCUUUCUGCACAUUAUAUACGUUAAGACCAGCCACUCUAAGGCACGGGAAUACGUCUUGGUUAGUGAUGUCCCGAACGGUUCGCCACAGACUCAUCAUUGAGUAAACUUUGACCCUGUACCUGGGAGGGAGGGUCUGCUGCUGAUUGGCUGAAAUGUGUCUGCUGACUGUGAGGUACAGGGUCAAAGUUUACUCAAUGAUGAGUCCGCGGCGAACCGUUCGUGGCGAACCGUUCGGGACAUCACUAGUCUUGGUUUUUGUAUAAGUAUAGAGCUCCUUAGUUUGCGUGUUAGUGUAAUUGACCUUGACAACUGCAUAGUGCUGACGUGUCACAGUUACCCUGUUAGGUGCACUAUAAAGAGAAAUACAUUUUACCAAUAAAUUUAAGUGUUCUGCCCUGUUAUACGUUGUUAUUUUUAUAUUAAUGAUUUGGGCAGAUUGCUUGAUGUUCUUUCUAUUCUUUUUUCCAGGUUCAUUUCAGCAAACCUUGUCUGUGGGAUCCAAUAUCUCCAUGCCCGCGGGAUACUUCAUAGGUUAGUAUUAGUGUUGGUUUAUUUAGAAAGCACCAUCGUAGUCUAAUGAGAAAUAAUGUGUUUAUAUCUCUGCUCUCACCUUUAUCUCACAUUUAUAUCUGUCUUUAUUAUCUAGGGAUCUGAAGCCAGCCAAUAUUCUCUUUGAUGCCAAGGGCUAUGUCAAAAUAGCAGAUUUUGGCCUCUGCGAAGAGAAUAUUUUUAUGGAUACAACCACCAAUGGACGAGCUGGCACAGUCAAGUACAUGGCACCAGAGGUUAGUUAGAGGGUGUGGUUAUGUGAGCUGUAGGGGUAGUUGUUAAGGGUAGUGAUAUAAGAGCAUAUAUGUUUAAUGAGCAGUAGAGAGGUAAGUAGCAGUGGGGAGAAGAGGGCAGUAUCAGAGUAUAGAUAAAACAAAAAAAGGGAUACAGCUGUAUAUCUGCAAAUAACUAAUUGGCAACAUGGUAUCCGAGUAGCAGUGGGUGGACUUAGAGGAAUGUGUUUGGACUAGUUUUGGAAUAAAAUGAUGGGGAUUAUAUGAAAAGCUGUAAGAUAGUAAUGUUCUCAAAAACUCCAUACCAAACCUCACAGUCGAAGUAGAAAUAUAGUAAUGAUGUGUCCAUUUAAUACCAUGUGUAAUAAAAUUACAUGUCUUAUGUGUUUUUCCAGGUACUAAGCUACAAAGAGUACGGCCAGUCAGCAGACUGGUGGUCGUUUGGAGUCAUUCUCCAUUACAUGAUAACUGGGCAGAAUCCAUUUAACACCAAGAUCAGUAAGCCGCAUUUUAUAAAUGAAGUAUUAAACGCUGACCCAGGUUACCCAACCUGGCUGGGCAGUGAUACUAUAGACCUCCUGAGCAAGGUAAGGAACAGGCUGUGAUAGGAGCAGAUACACUGUAAGCCGGUAAUAGAGAUUGUGCCGGUUAAUGUAUUAAUUGCAUAUAAUGAUAAAGGUUGUAAAGAAGACUGAUAGAAGUUACUGUAGAAGAUAUAGGAUAUCGGUGGUAAUAGAUACUGGCUCUAUUUAUUGCAGUAUGUACUAAACCGGUUACAGAACCAACUCUUAACAUGAGAAUGACUGGUCAUGUUCCAGUGCAGAGCAGAUUCAUAAUUCCCUAUUCAUGCCUAUCACCCAUUAUUGCUUAAAUUUGAUAGCAGCACGGAGUGGUGGGGUGUUUAGCAACUAAUGCCUGAAAUUAUUUAAACCUUGAUAUUUAGUGGGUUAAUACUAAUAUUUAAUAAUGAUGGCUGAUUAAAGCAGACAUUUACUAGUAUAGUAUAGUAUUGUAAUCGUUCUUGCUGAAUGACCUUUUUAUCGGCUGUUUAGAUAUAUAUCAAAGUGAUAUAUAUCCUCCCUAUUUUAAUUACUAUGUGAUGCCAAUUAAUUGCCUCAGUAAAAGAAAAAAAAUAUUUAUAAAGAAUUAGAGUUGCUGGUCAGUCAAAUAAAUUAGAUUAUUGCUAAUGUAACAAUUUACAACAAACUUUACACAAACACAGCCUCAUCUGAGGUUUGAUAGAAGGUUAAAAUGGCUUCCUUCAACAGGGGUGAUAACUUUUAGUUUGCAUUAUAGAUUAUUACAUUGUACAUUAAAAUGUUACAGUUCGGAAAUAUCACAAAGUAAGUGUUAUACUCUGUGCAUCCUCUCUCUCUCUCUUAUUAGCUCCUGGAUAAGGACCCUUGUGCACGCGUUGUGAUGGGAAGGAACAUUCGGGAGCACCCCUUCUUCAAAGACAUUAGUUGGGAAGAUCUUGAGAGGGGUGAAGUGAGCUGUCCAUUCCUGACAUUGCUAGUAAGUGCACAUAGAAUCAGUAUUUACAAACUGAGGAGGGAUUAUAUAGAAUAAUAAAUCCUUAUUAUUAUUAUUAUUAAAAAACGAUUCCUUAAUCCUCCAUUAAUCACAUCCCAGCAGGGGUUCAACUAAAGAAGUACUGGAUUCAUUUCUCCCCAGCGUUAAUGUGACCAUUAGAAACUGUACAUUGUUAUUUAUAUGUAAGAAGUAGACAAUGCCAUAUGAUGCUAAACUAAUUACAUCUCCCUUCAUAUUGCAGACACCAGAGACAGGCAACACGGGGAAGUAACUGAAAACUAUGCCAACAGUGACCCGUCUUUCACGAUCCCUAAAGGUCAGGAAUGAAAGGACUGUAGAGGCGUCCAACAAGGAAGAUAGAGGUGGCCAUGUCUCGGUUAUACUACAGGAGCUGCUCGAACAUCAAAAAGAGCAUGUUCUACUAUUUUAUAACAUCAAACAAAAAAUAUUUGCUUUAUACCAUCAAAAACUUACAUUUUCUGUAUUAUUAUUUUCAAAUCAAACAUUUCCUGGAAAACAUCAACAGGAUAAUAUAAUAGAGGGGAAUAAAAGUCUGAGAACUAUUCUCAAUAGUCCAAAUUCAAGAGGGCUGAUAUCUAGGUGCAUAGAUAUGAUCACAGAAAUAAAAUUAGACGACAGUUUUAAUGCCAAAGUGGUAUGGGGAAAAGACCUGAAUAGAGAGAUAUCAGUUGAGGAUUGGAUCAAGGCUAUAAAUAAUGUCAAUAGAAUGGCACACUGUCUAAACAUUGUUCAAAUUUUUACAAACUAGUAAAUAGGUAGUAUCUAGUCCCAGAAAAACUCUCUAAAAUGUAUAAAGGCAGGCAUAUUGGUUGUUGGAGAUGCGAAUCAGGAAAAGGCGAUUAUCAACAUAUUUGGUGGCAGUGAGGGCUACUUAAACUAUGAAGUGGCAUUAAAGAUCAGAUAAGCAUACUGUGGCAGACACCCCGAUGGGAAGAGGGGUUUUGCCGCCAGAGAUGUUCUUUUCCCACCAGUGUGAGUAGAGCUGCAAUAAUCUUAAAAGUGAUAAUUCCAAGAGUGGCGAAAUAGUUCUUCUAACUGUUCCCUACUAGCACAAGACGAGGCUCUGUGUUGAGGGUAAAACUGGAACUGAUUUAAUGGAGACCACACACACAACCUUUUAUGUGAAUCCCCAUGUGCAAGGGUUUAGUGUAACAUUUUCCAGGGGCAUUCCCCACGCGACCUGAGAGGAGACUGUGACAAAGUACACAACUUAAUUAAAUAAAUAAUGGGGAGGACCUAAUGUUUCCCCCAGGUCCCCACUCAUGAUCAGUGGACGGGGGGACCCAAUGUCCCCCCCAGGUCCCCACCCAUGAGGGGCGGGUGGGAACCACAAAUACUAAAGUGAAUAGGGAUCCCAAAUCCCCUAGUCACUCUCCCCUCCAAUAAAAAUACCCUACCUACUCCCCUCACCCUAAUAAUAGUGGGGGGAGGGGCAAUAAACUAACCCUGUAAAAUUUAAUUUCAUACUUACCAUUAGAUGUCUUCAUUCCUUUUCUUCAGGCCCAAAUAAAAAUCCAUAAUACACGCAUCUGUUAAAAAAGAAAAACACAAAAAAAAACACACACAAAAAAAAUUCUUGACGCAAAAAAAAAAUAAUCCUUCUUCACUCAGCAAGGGUUUGGUGCAGAAUGAGCUCCGCAGGGAGGCGAAAGGCUUAUAAAACCUUCCCACGCCCUGCAAUUAGACUCAGAGCGCACUGAUCCAAUCAGAGUUCUCUGACAGGUAAAUGAAGAGACUGACAGGUAAGUGCAGCAAAAAACUGUAUAACAACAAAGUGCAAAUAUCCAGGGUAAUAGCCUAUUUGAGGCAUACACACUUUUGCACAUAUUGAUUCAGUUUAAUUGUGCCACGAUAUCUGUGAGUGUUCCGUUUUUAUUUUGUUUUUUUAUCUUUUGUUAUUAAAGCUUUUUUAUUUUCAUGUGAGUUCUACAAGCUCAUCAUCCAGUUGGUAACUAUAUUCACCACUGUGCUUGUGAAAGUGGUGCCCUACACUGUAUUUGCACUUUGUUUUUAUACAGUUUUUUGCUGCACUUGUUCUUAAAGGGAUAUAGGGAGUGUGUCCCAUUUGUAGUUGCUUGCCUGCACUUAUUUCUCCUUUUGGUCAUCUCACUAUUUUCUAUUUUGUAUGACAGGUAAGUAAGAAUGCUCUGAGUCAUUUUACACAGCGUGGGAAAGUAGUUUGGAAUUUUCCCAUGCUGUGUAAAUUCACUCAUAACACUGAUUGGUUGCUUUCAAACCCCUUUUAACCAACCAAUCAGAGGCUUAUGAGCCAAAUUACACAGCAUGGGAAAAUUCUAAACAACUUUCCCACGCUGUGUAAAAUGACUUGGAUUGGUUGAAUUCCAAGCCAACCAAUCAGAGUGCUGUGACAGGUAAGUGUAGAGACUUACCUGUCAGUCCACUCUUAUUGGUUGGCUUAAACUAUUAUUGGUUGGCCUAAAUUAUUUAUUUAAUUAUGGUCCUCACCCAACGGUCAUAGGUGGGGGCCUGAGGGGACUAGGUCCCCCCGUUUAUAUUAAUAUCCCCCACCCACAAGACACGGGUGGAGGUGCGGGGGGGGGGGGCACUAUGUCCCCCCCAUUUUAGUUAUUCAGGAUCCCCACCAUAGAGGAAUGGGGGGACCUAUGUCAGGUCCCCCCUUAUUGCACUAGCAACUGGGCAGCAAUAGCAAUAGCAAUAGCUGCCCAGUCACUAGUUCAUUUAAAUUUGUUUAGAUGGCAUGUGGGAGGAUUUAACCUCCCUUUUAUUAAUAUGGGGGUCAUAGGUUUUAGUACAAAAACGAAUGCGCAUGUCUGGUGGCCACAUGUCUCCGCGGAAGCUUGUAUGGGUGUGUACUGUGGGAAGUAGAAAAUAGAUAAGAAAUUUGGUAUAAAGUACCAUUAAAAGUAUUUUGUAUGGGUAUUUGUAAUUUUAUGUUAUUGAACGUUGUAUUUAUUGAAUUUGAUACAUUUUGAUAAAAUUAAAGAUUAAAAAAAAAAAAAAAAAAAAGAUAUUUAUGUACAUUGUGAAGAAAAUUUAGUUUUUUUUAACUUUUUUCCAUUCGGUAGCUGUAACUACUAAACACCGACAACCCCCCUUGCUCAUUAACUUCAAAGAGAUCAGUUGAUUAAGUGCUCUCCCGGUUUAGCCGACGUUCAUAUAGUGGAACUAAAAUCGGACACUCGACUUCCCGAACACCGGUCAAACUGUACAAAUGCCUGCUUCCUUUUCCCAAACAGCUAGGAUAAUGCUGUUCGGUAGUUUGGUUCCCACGAACCAGGGGAACAAUCUCUACCAUGAGCCAGGGGGAGCAGUUUGUGCAUUUGUCGAAAUAGACCGGCCGCACAGCCUAAAAUCUCAGAGCAGGUCGAUAUUUGAAAUGACAGUAUCAAGACAGUAGGCAUUAUUGUCUUAAUCUGACAUAUGCAUCUCUCAGUUUGAUAUGAGUAAUAUUAGAUCUUAUUAGGUUAGAAAUCCUAGCUUGUUUCCGGGUUGUGGAUCCGGACAAGCGGCGCGCAGGUAUAUAUGCUUGCCUUGUCCAGUGUUAAUUCUUGGGGUAGUCUGGUCCCAGGGCACCAUACGGUCAUUAUAGUUUACGGUAGGUGAUGGGUGUGAACACGGGUGAACUGGGAAGGGGGAAAGGUGUGGUAGAGGUCAUAGUGUUCUGCUAUUACUUUUGAAUAUGGACUGCUGUAAGCCUAGUGGGUGAAUGUCCUUUAGUCUUGGGAAAGAGUAGAGGUUCGUCGCGUUUUGUAGUGUUAGGGACGCUGUUGGGAUUGUCUGGAGUGAGAUCGGCUGUGGCAAGGCCAACCAAUAGGGAGGCAGUGUCGUUGGUAAAAGAGGUGGGUUCAGGUAUGUAGCUAUAUACAUUGUAGAAGAGUUAAAGUAAGGAGAACGUUAGUGAGAAAAGGGACAAUGUUGAUCUUUUGAUCAACACUCAACUAGGGAAAUAGUGGAAAACAGUGAUCGCAAUAUAGUGGCUUUUGAAAUAUACUCAGAAAAGCAAAAGCACGUGGGAUAUCCUAAAGGCAUGAUUUUAAAAAGGCCAGUAUCAAAAGAAGGACAGCCUUGAAACAUUGAUUGUAGUAACAAAAACCCACUGAAGAUAAAUGGAUUCUCUUCAGACAAAUAUACGAAAGGUACAUUUCUCAGUAUGUACCAUUGGGUAAUAAAUAUAAAAGAAAAGAGCAUUUAAAUCAGACAAAUUAGAAACAUCCUAUAUAAGAUAUAGGGAAGCAAAUAAUGCAUGAAAAAAAAUACAAUUAGAGUGGCUAAACUAGAAAAUGAGAAAUUGAUAGCUAAAGACUGCCAAGCCAACCCCAAAAAUGUGGUGGUGUUUUUUGUUUUUACAAAUUCCUUAUUUUUCUUUGUGCAUAGUAUAACAAAUGAGCUUGCUCUGCCACGACAGCAUGGACAAGCACAGGAUAAACAACAUGGUGGAACAAUAUUAUGGAUUUGAGAUAACCACACAAUAUUUUGUUUUUGGGAAAAGCUUAAAUUUUGACAAGAGUAUUGCACUGUAGUGUCAGCAACUUUUGCCGUCCUAGGUCAGUCUGGGCAUUCAGCUAUUAUUCGAGGUAUGCGGUGUAAAGACACUUAGCUAAAUUAGUGGGUAUGCUAUUGGUGCUUCAAGUGUCAUUGGAGCAACUGUAAGGUAAGGCAGAAUGUAGCGUGAUAAAAGAAUAAAACAUAAAAUGAUAUGUCGUUGCAUCAUUAGUGUGCCUGGGGGAUAGCCCCUGUGUCCUGUGCAUGAGGGAGAGUUAAUCAGUCGGCCUAUACCCUCCUGAAAGGGACCCCAAACUCUGGAUGGUGGGCAGUAUGCAGUUUAUGGCCCUGGCAGGUAAGUCAGUUACUGGGUAAGUUAAAUUUAGGCAUGUAAUGUUAGGCUUAGUGUUGCCGAUAGGUAGCGGCAAUAACAGGAACUAGAUGGGCCUGAGGAAAAGGGGGGCGGCUAGGGUGGAAGUUAAGGCGAACGGUCAGCUCCUGGUCUACUAGGAGGGCCGGAGUCCUUAUGAUCAGGGAGGUCAUUGGUGUAACAACACAACAUAAAGUAAACAAAAAGUAUAUUAACUUAGGCUAUUGAACUAGGAAACAGUUAAAACAGUACCCUAUGGGCCAUGUGAGUUCCGAUACAGAUGGUAACAGGAUCGUAAGUUUCCAGGGUUGCCCUUUGCGUGAUGAAUAGGGCACUCCUUGCCGGAUCCCAGUGAUGAGCCGCUUGGGGCGCUGUAUGGUUCUCCAGCUGGAUUAGUGAGUCUGGGGGUAGGCCCAAGUCUUGAAGUAAUGCUGCUGUACCCUGAAGGUCUUUUAUGGUGUGCAUGUUGUUGUUCUUCUGAAUAAGUAGUGUACUGGACAAGCACCAUCAGUAGUGGAUUCCAUACUGACAGAGCAGGGAGGUAAGUGGUUUCAUUGAUCUUCGCCAAGCCAAUGUGCUGCUUGAGAAAUCAGCAUAGAACGUUAGGGACAUAUUCUCAAAUUAAAAGGGCGAGUUCUCCCUCAAGGCUGUGAGAACUGCCGUUUUGGCUCUUCCAUUUUGGAAGGUGAUGAUUAGGUCUCUGGGGACCUCCACCGGCACCUUGGCAGGUUUGAGGAUCCGAAAGAUUCCGUCCAGGGUAAUGGCCUUGGCCUGUCUCGGGGUGAGUAGGGCUGUUAACAAGCAUCUUACGCAGUGUGGUAAUUCAGCCUCUGAGACCUCCUCCGAAACCCCUCUGACUUUGAGGUUGUUUCGCCAUCAGGUGUCCUCUUGAGCAUCAAAGCGGCGAUCAUAAGACUGGGUCUGCUGCCUUAAUUCCUGCACCUCCCGCUGGAGUGUGGCUAUUUGCUGUGUGCUGGAUUGAGAGGUGCUUUCAAGUGCUCCUAUGUGGCUCGUUAGGCCCCGCAGAUCACUGCGGACCACUGUAACAUCUGCUAAGAUAUUCCUGUGCAGGUCCACAAGGAGGGCCUUUAGGACCAUGGUUGUCACCAGGGAGGCAUCCAGACCCAGUGGGGCCUUCAGCGCUGGAGCCAGAGCAGGUAAGAACUCCUUUUCUGCUUCUUCUGAGAACUCCACGAGAGGUCAGAGCAGCUGCCUGAUAGCGUCGCCAUCUUGGCCCCAGGAGCACCAUGCGCAUGCUUCCAUAUGUCUUCUAUUGUCAGCUCGUAGGUAGGUUUGUCCACUUCGAUUUUAUUGAUUUUCGUCCCCUUGGGAUCCCCUAGUCCAGGUAAUGAGGUGAGUUCUUAGUAUAAUUUGCUUUGUUCUUCUUGAGAAACCCGGAGCUGCAGGCUAGUGUGACCACUUGUUGCAGAGGUCUAGCUCUGCCCCCACAAAUGUUUUUAAGUAUAUUAAUUCUAUUAAAAAAUUUUUUAAUAAAAGUGUAGCUACACUGAAAAAAAACACUACAUAAAUGGGAGGGAAGGAUCAGUGCUUAGACUAUCUAACUAGAGGAAGUAAAAAUACUAGCAGCUAACCCAAAAAGUAGGGAUCCCUCUUGUCCUACUAAUAGACAUAAAAUACAGAAAAAAAAGGUAGAUAACUAGUUUACACUGAAAACACUGUUGGUUAAUCAAGACAAGUAAAAUGCAGACAUUUUAAAUAACUUUUUUCUCACUAUAUAUUGAAGAAUCCUAUUGAAAAAGAUAAGCAAAUGAUUGCUGCUAAAUACUUGCAGAAAAGUUGUGAUUGGAUGACUCAAGACAAGGUGCUACAGCAGCUAAAAAAAAGUUAAUGUAAGCAAAGCUCCAGGACCUGACAGUAUUCACCCACAAGUACUUAAGGAGUCAAGUGUGGAAAUAAGUGACUCUCUGUAUUUAAUAUUUCAAUAUUCUUUUCUUUUAGGAAUUGUACCAUGGGAUUAGAGGAAGGCAGAUGUGGAUCCUGUAUUCAAAAAGGGUUCAAAAUCUUUGCCUGAAAAUUAUAGACCUAUGAGGUUAACUUCUGUGGUUGGGAACAUUUUUGAAGGAUUAUUAAGGGAUACUAUUCAGAAAUUCAUUGGCAAUAAUCAGCAUGAUUUUAUGAAACAUAGGUCAUGUCAAACUAAGUUAAUUGUAUUCUAUGAAGACGUAAGUAGAAGUAUAGAUCAGGGUGUUGCAGUGGAUGCGGUUUACUUGGAUUUUGCCAAGGAGUUUGAUAAUUCCUCACAUUGGGUUAGUGUUCAAACUACAAGAAAUUGGUCUAGAUGAAAAUUCUUGUUCUUGGGUAAAACAUUGGCUUAAAGAUAGAGUACAGAGAGUUCUCAUUAAUCGUAAAUGUUCAAACUGAACAAAAGUGGUAAGUGAUGUCCCUCAAGGAAUGUCAAUCAGCAGUGGCUAAGGCCAGUAAGGUAUUGUCAUGUAUAAAUAGGGACAUUCAUUUUUAGGAUAAAGAUAUAAAUGUUGCCACUUUAUAAAAUCACCUUGAAUAUGCAGUGCAAUUUUGGGCACCUGUUAUAAAGAAGGAUAUUAUGGCACUAGAAAAAGUGCAGAGGUGGGCUACAAAAUUGAUAAAAGGAAUGGAGCAUUUUAUUUAAGAAAUGUUAACAAAUUUAAAUCUCUUUAGUUUACAAAAACGGAGCCUCAGAGAGGAUAUGUUAGAAUUAUACAAAUAGGCGGGCAGAGCUAACCAGCUAGGUGCAUUUCGCCUCAGCUCCUGCUGAAUAUCGCUUUAAGGCCAAUUUUCCACACACCUGGGCCCUUGCAAACAGCUUACAAGGCACCAGUAUUCCAUGGGAAAGCACUCCCGAAAAUCCUGAGGGCAUAUGGAGAUGUUAGCAUGUUUUUAUCACAGCCAUGUAGGCCCAAGAUGGCGAAGUUAUCUUGCCGCAGGAGCAGGGCACAACCAAGACCUGAACCUCCACGGGCUUCCAAAAUUGAUCAUAACUCAAUGGUGACAAGCCUCAAAGCCUUCUUCGCCUCAGAGAUAGCAGUGCUGAGGGAGGACUUGGGCACGCUGACAGGACGUAUAAGAGUCACAGAGGAAGAUAUCCACGAUAUACGGAUCAAACAAGAUUCAACAGCAGCGAAACUACUGGAAGUUACCAACACGUGUCUGCAGCUCAGUGCCAAAAUCAGACAGCUAGAGGACAAUGCACGUCAAUUCAACCUGAAGGUGCAGGGGAUACCUGACACCACUGACUCGGUGGAACUACCGCAAUUCAUAUGGAGGCUGCUCUCCGCUACCUUACCACCUAAACAGGCAAAGGGACUAUCUUUAGAUGGACUCUACAGAAUCCCAGGAAGGCCCAAUACCAACAUCUUGACACCCAAAGAUGUAAUUUUAUGCUUUAUAUUAAGGUCUGAUAAAGACAUACACCUGAAGGCAGUCAACGCCAUAUAUUUUUUAGGAACACUACGUUUUUCUAACUUGAGCCACCCAACGCCACAGUGGUGCUCAUCAAUUUUUUCCUAAUUUGUUGCACAAUUGGAAGCGCUUCAAACUUUUUUUUUUUUUUGCCUAGUAGAAACAGAUGUUAGAAAGACUGAAGUUGACGCAUGUCUCUUGUCAGCAAUGUGGCUAUGUAAAUGUUAGCAUUACAUUGCUAUAUUCAUGCAGCCGCAUGAAUACUGGAAAACUGCAGAAAGUGAGAGAAAUCGGAGAUGUUGCACCUAGAGGGGUAUUAGAUGUGCUGCAAACCUUGCUCUGAUAACAGUCCCUUUCUGAGCUCCCUGUCUAAAUCAUCGACAGGAGCUACUAACUACUAGUCAACUUCUAAAGAAGUAAUGGCUAUUCAUAAGGAUAAAAACAGAAAGCAAUGGAAAGUCUAGCUUAUGGCCUAUAUUGAUCAUUUGGUUCAAUAGUCCCAUUGUUCAGCUGGAUAAGAAAGGGAAGAUAUAGUGUUAAUAUAUUAUUGUUCCUGAGAAUUUAGGAUUCUCAAAACCCAGUAACAUUGUAGCUCAAAUGAACUGAGAUUAAACACCCAAACUGAUCAACAGCCAGCCCUGAAAAUAAAUCUCAGUCAUUUAAUUCAAUCUUGUGUGUGAUGUUGGUGUCCGAGUAUGAGUGUCUGGGAGGCGUGUGUGUGAGUGUAUGCUUUUGUAUGCAGGUGUGCAUGUGUGUCUCACUAUUUUGGUAGCACCCAUGAGGGAUUUAAUGUAGAAUAAUUGUUGUGGACAAAAAUAUUAACCCAAUUCAUGUUAAUAAAAUGCCUAUUUACUCAGCAUAACCACAAUCAGCAUUAUUCAACCUAAUAUGUGGUUUACCUAAAAUGGCCGCUAGGGAGUUUCUUCUUGACAUCGACUAACAACACCCUCACUAACAAGAUGGCGCUGGAGUCUGGGGGAGACCUCCAAGAUACCAGUGACAUUACACCCGGUAGGAAGAGCAAUAAAUGAACCACUUAACACCUAACCAAUUAUUGAUGUAUUAUUCCAUGUUAUCUCUGACAAUGCAUAUGAUGUAAUUUUGCUUUAUAAGGGGCAUGCCGUCCCCCCAGAAUAAACAUUCCUCAAGUUUUCAUUAACCCGAAACCUGUGUCUGGUGUGAUUUACUUCAGGAGCGUGCACGCAUCUUUUUUAAUUUGGCCGGGGGCAGAUAUGCAAGAUAAUCAAUUAAUUGAUUGAUUCCACAUCAAUAAUAAACACCAGAAGUUGGGGGGUAUUGUUAGUAUACGGCAAAUUGUAAUUACUGGAGAAACGCAGCUUUCACAACAUAGACUGAAGGGAUCCAGGACAGUGCCUUUAUUAUUUAUUAAUUGGUGUAUUGAUAUAUUUGUUGAAAAUAAUCCUGCUAGAAGUGUCACAUCUCCCUAUCGCCCCAACAGAGCAGGAAUAUAUAUAUAUAUAUAUAUAUAUAUAUAUAUAAAAAAAUAAUGUUCUUUUAGGACUCUAAGCUCACCAUUGGACGGUGUUCCUGGGAUUUACAGUUUAACUAUAAUUGGAACACUUAGAUAUCCCAUACAUUUGUCUACCUGUAGUUAAAAUUAGGAUUAGAUAAUAUUUGUUUUUCCGUUACUGGCCCAUUCCUAUCUCCAUAUGUGGUCAGGUACUGUGACAUCAUAAACACUCUGACAUCAUCUGAUGAAACAAUCAAUGUCAAACAGUUUUUCUGUUACUAGCCCUUUCCUAUCUCCAUAUAUGGUCAAGUACUGUGACAUCAUAAACACUCUGACAUCAUCUGAUGAAACAAUGUCAAACUCACCUACAGUCAGAGUGACUGGACACCUUGACAGUGGACAGUGGCUACUGCAUUGGUCAAGUGCUAUUUUCAAUAAUUUAUUAAUUACUAUUAUCACUCACCUGAUUGCUAAAUAUAUUUGUGAAUUGAACAUCAAUAUAUUUACACAGUAUAAUAAGAAUGAAGAGAUCAAGAAAGCGUUCUAAUAAGGACACUUCUGAGGAAUAUAAAACCAAAUAUAGAAAGCUCAGUAACAGGUCAAAAGAAAAGGAAGAGCAGACAUCUCUUGGACAUUCCAGGAGAAAGAGAAGCAGGAGCUGCAAUGAGCAGUAUACUGAGAGAGGAAGAGAGCCCAAUAAACAUGUCAUUGUGGAGGGACCCAGCAGAUAUCAGGGUCAAAAACGAUUCAGGAACUCCAGUCAUGAUGAGGAGGAGCAGGUCAUACAAAAAAGAGCCAAGCUCUCCUCAUCUGCCAAACUGGGUCAGAAUAGAGAGAGAAAGUCUGCUGGAAAAAGCGGUCAGAUAUCUCCACUCAAAAAACAAGCCCUGAAACGAAGCAGGGAAUACAAUCAUGGGGAGCAGGUCAUGCAGAAAAGACCAAAGCUCUCCUCAUCUGCCAAACUGGGUCAGAAAAGUGAGAGAAAGUCUGCUGGAAAGAUCGGUCAGACAUCUCCACCCAGAAAUAAAGCCCUGAAAAGAAGCAGGGACUAUGAUGAUGACGAGGAACAAGUCAGGCAGAAAAAGGGAAAGGUCUCCUCUGGAAAGGAAGAGGAGAAAACAAACAAGCCAAAGGGCAACGAUGAAUGUAUUACAGGUAUGAAGAAAAUACAAAUUUUACAGAGAUUUGCCACUAUAAAGUAUAAGAUAUUUUACCCUCAAUUGACCACAUACUCUGUACCCAUUCACCAUCUCUAAUUAAUCAAUAUUUUCAACACUUUAGCUACUACGAGUUCUCAGGCGAUGGGGUUUUAAACUAAGUAAUGGUAUAGAGCAAUAUUUCAAGACCUUUGAUAGAUCUAGAAUAUUAAUCCCUCCAUUUUGGAAUAGACAAUGUUAUUCUUAAGUGAAUUUACCACAAACUAAAAUGUCUUCUUAAUGAAAUUAUCAAUGAUGUGAUAUUUAUAAACCAUAUUAUCGUUUCAUAUAACUGGGUGGGAUGGGAAGAUUUGUAUAGCGGUUCUAGAGUAAUAGAGAAUUAAGCUGGUUCCAAUGUUUAUAAUGAAUUGGGGGCUAAUGCUAUAUGUAUUAAAAUCUUUAAGGAAGAAGUACACAGCCAGUGGUUGAAUCAAAGAAGCCACUGCCUCUGUCUGUCACUGGUUACCUAGUCCAUAAAGUGCUGGGACAGGGGAGCUUCGGAAAGGUGAGCCUACUCAAACAAUCUAUACAUCUUAAUACAUCUAUUGAUCUAGUGGAGAACAAUUAGAAGUUCUUAUUAUCAUUGUAUUCCUAUAACAAUUCUUUGGGGUUUAAUGUAUUAUUCAUCUUUGGCACGUGUGUGAUCCAUGAAUGAGUGACAAUUUAAUAGCAUCUGCAAAGUAUUUAGAAAAUGUUAUCGAGAUUCCAAAUAAAAUACCCAGGACUUCUAUUCUGUGAUGUUUAACAUGGCCUCUUAGAUUAACAGGUUUAUUAAAGCCUUAAGGACACAGCUUCAGAAGCUUUUCUUACGCUUAAUGACACAAGCAAUUUUUGCAUUUUCUUGCUGUAUGCGUUCAACUGCAAUUUGCAUCUCUCUCGUUUAUUGCACCGACACAUAUUAUAUACUGUUUUUUAAAGGACAGAAAGGGCUUUAAUUUGAUGUAACACACACACAUAUAUAUAUAUAUAUAUAUAUAUAUAUAUAUAUAAAUAAAUAAAUGCUUAUUUAUUAUUAAAACAAUACAGAAAAAGGCACAAAAAAUGUGUUUUUUGUACAGCUUUUGCAAUAAUAAUGUGUGCCUAAUUAGUGCAGGUUAAAGAAAGUAAUUAAAAAUAAAUUCAUUUAGUUGUUCUGAUUUACAGAAUAUAUAAUGUGUCUGUAAUUUUAAGUUUUCUUUGGUAGUUACAGGUCACAAAGCACAAGGAGUAAAAUAAACUUUUAAUGUGGAGCGAUUUUAGAGUUUGGUAUGUUUGUCUUGUAAACUUAAUAGCCAUAAAAGAAAACAAAAUUGCCACACAAAAGUAUUUAUUGAUAUAAAGCAGACAUCACAGGCUAUUGUCCUAAGGAUGUUUUGACACUUUCCAUGUAGCCAUUUCACCACCAAUCUUUGCUAAAUAUUGGAGUAAAAUUUAGUUUUUUGGGGUUUUUGGCACACAAACUUAUAACAAAGAACUUCUCAUGUGUAUUUUGUAAAGUUGGUGUGUGCUAUUCCUGUACAAAGUUUUAUUUUGUGCUCAGUUACUCCUGCUGAGUACAACGAUACCCCCAUUGUAUUUCUUUGGCACUAUUUCGCGUAGCUACAAUGACAUAUAGGAGACCUGUCCGUUUCAACAUUUACAGUAGAAUUUUGAGAGGCAGAUUUAAUGGGCCUAUGCUUCAAUUUGGGGUAUUAUAGCAGUUUUACUGUUCAAAAAAAAACCCCACAAAGGCCUACCAUUUGUAAAAGUAGACACUCCAGGGUAUCUCAUAUGGUGCAUAUUGUGCCUUAACACGCCCCCAUUUUUUCACCAAUAUAUGCCAAAGUAUGUGGUAAAAAAUAAUUUUGGGCAUUUUUUUACAUACGGAUUACAUUUUUGCUGGGCAUUUUGUACAUUUCAUAUGUGCCACUAACCAAACCCCCCAAAUUAUGCUCAGCUAAGUCUUCUGAGUAAAACAAUAUGCCCAAUGUAUGACCUAGACACUAUUUUGUGAAGUUACACUGCUGUAAAAGAGACGUGAAAAGUUAAGGUUUUUAAGUGUGAAUUUCCAUGGAGGGUUUUGAUGCGUCCGUGUCCCACUUUGGAGCACUUGAGCAGGCUACAUAUUACAACUACACCAUAAAGGCAUACCAUUUCUUAAAGAACACAUCUCAGGGUAUUUCAAAAGGCAUAUUUUGAACCUUAGCGUGGGAUAAUUUUUCCGCUAGCUUGUACCAAGUGUAGUGGUAAUAAGCUUUGUUUUCCUUUUUGACACACAAAGUGAGUUUGCACAGUAUAUUUUGCAAAUCAUACGCGUGCUACCACUGUACAAUACUUCAUAUGUUGCUCAGCUAUGUCGGCUGAGUACAGCAAUACCCCUGUAUGUACCUUUGCCUGGUAUAUGUGGACAUCGGAGGGGCACAUUUGGGACACAGCCAUUCCAGUUCUUUUCAAACUGAAUUUUUAAGCUGUGUCCAUGUCCCAUUUUAGAGUAUUUUACAAAGCUAUAUAAUCCAAUUACCCCAAAAAGGCAUGCCAUUUCUUAAAGAAGACAUCCCAGGGCAAUUCAAAAGGCCUAUUUUGAACCUUGGCGUGGGAUAAUUUUUCCGCUAGCUUGUACCAAGUGUAGUGGUAAUGAGCCUUUUUUAAUGUAUUUUUUUUACUUUGUAAAACCCGUUUUUAAACUUUUUUUUUACUUAUUAAAUGUUUUACACUUUUAAAUUUUUUUCUAAACUUUUCUUUUACCGUUAACCUCUAACUAGCAGUAAGCAGCACUAACAGUAAAUUCCCCCCUUUCCCAUAACUCCCACCCACUCCAGCUAGCAAUAUAUAUAUAUAUAUAUAUAAAAAUAUUUAAAUUAAUUAAAUAAAUUGAACCCCUGAGGGUUAAAAAGUAAAUAAAAGUUAAUCCUCAGGGGUUAAAAUAAAUUAGAUUACAGUAUAAUACUGUGAUCUGUAUUUUGAUCACUGUAGGCAGUGAUCAGCUGGCAGGGAACGGGUUAAUUUUUAUUUAGACUGGGUAAAGGGGAUGGUAUUGUCUUCUUUUUUUUUUUUUUACUUAAACGUUACUAAAACAUUUUUUUUAAACUUUUACCUUUUUAAAGCUUAUUUUAAAACUUUUUUUUACUAGUUAGCCUAACACCAAAUUCCCCACUAACGUCCACCCAUCCCAGCUAGCUAAAUAUAUAAUUUUUAAAUAUUUUAAUUAAUAAACUAAAUUUAACACCUGAGUGUUAAAAAAAAAUAAAAAAAAUUCAGAUGACAUUAAAAUGUAUACCCUGCCAAUUGAUCACUGUAUUGAUCAAUUGGCAGGGAAGGGGUUAAUUUUAUUAAAGCAGGGGAAAGGGGGGGGGGGGGAUUUAAAUUUUUUUUUUUUACAGAGGGAGAAGAGGAUCAGCUCUGAUCCGUCUCCCUGCACUUCACCCGGAAGUGCAGGGAGGCGGAAAGUAAGUACACUGAGCACAUGUGCUCGCUCUGACAGCCUGUCAGAGCGAGCACCAGUGCUGGGGCAGCCCAAUCGGACCGUAGCACCGUUAACCCCGCGAUCGCCGCGAUCUGGGGUUAACAUUAGUAAAUGACGGAAAUUUUUCGUCAACGGUCCUUAACUGAAGGACAAGGUUGACGGAAAAUUUCCAUCUGCAGUGGGAAGGGGUUAAAUCUUCCUGUCUUUCUUAAAAAUUUUAUCAUUCACAGGAGAAUACCAAACAUGGGUCUCAAUGUACUAAUUUUGCAUGAGCUUUGCAAAUUAUCACAAUAUCUUAGGAAAAAACCAACAACAAAUGAUUAAUUGUAGCGGAGUAGCAGGGGUUAAUCCAAGAGCUCUGCGCUGGGAACAACGUUUCAGCAUUCAAGAAUACAGGAACACAGCAUAAUCACCCUCCCCAAGGACUAGACGACACAUAGUCUGGGAGUCAACUGAGGUCUUUAUUCACAGUUCUGCUUUUAUGCAUUUGUCCCAUGCAAGGGAGGUAACUUCCAUAAUUAUUACAGUAUCCAAUCACAUAGUGGUUACCUCCCCCACAUCUCCUCCCCUUAGAUUAACAGUUAAGCUUAUUAAUAAGUACACAGUUUUCCCCAAUUCGUGGAUGUACCCUAAAUACAGGGGGUACACCUUUGAAUGAGGGGUGCCCCGGUAGCCCUGAUCUGGGUGGGCAACAUACUCAAAAUUCACCCAGAUCGGACCAGGGGUUCGGGAGUUAUUGCAGGAGGAAGAUUUGACCGACCGCACGGGAACAGUAGCCGAAAAUAGUUCCAUGCAUUCUGGCCCUGCGGCCAGUCUCUUUUCGUGAAUAAAAAGUCUCGAAAGUCCUUGGCAUCCAGCCUUAACUUGUCAUUCGGAUGAAUCCCCUAGUUUGUGGGAUUCCGCAUACCGAAUGUUGGGCGGUUCGGGUGGUUCAUUCGUCACUUUUAGGCGUGCUGGAGGUCUUCGCGGUACUUGGUUAGUCGAAUGCCCGAUUUGGGUUCCAGGCAUUCGACGACCAAGUACCGCUGUUCGUGCGUAAGAUGGCCACCGCCACGUGUUCGGUAGGCGAAAUGGCGGCCGCACACAAACUCUCAAUUAGCACCCUUUGCAACAUUGUUGCCUUCGGUAAUGAGGGACACACGACCACACCGGGGUGGUCCCUCAUUCGGUAGUUUACCGGUGUUCGCAUAAACCGCAGUGUAGGUAGUUUGUGAACCGAGUCUCUGGUAAUUACUGCCUUAGCAAGCAUACGGCCAUUAUAAUCCAAGUUUAUUCACAUAGAAAAGGUUCUUGUCAGUUCUUUAGUGGCACGGUUUGCCACAUUAAUCUACAGAUUUCAUCAUUAAGUUCGCUUGAAAUUUGUUGCCUGUAAAUAAUUUAUAAAGUUAGUUUUUCUAGCAGAAUAUCAUCAUAUGAAAAUUGUGGCCUUCGUUAGGUUCUCAAAACAUAUAUAUGCAGGCAUAGACUGGCCAUCAAGGAAACAGGGCAAAUGCCCAGUGGGCUGCGAUAGCCAUGGCAGAGGCUGACAGGGGAGAACUUUAUGGUGCUGCCUGUGUGUAGGCCCAUAAAGGGAGCUAUGUGGCUGUUGGGGAGAUCAAAGAUCUCCCUCACCAGCCUACACAGGCAUGCCAGCCUGAUAACUAGCACAGUGCGGGCCUGGUGCACAUGGGCUACAUCCGCCAGGGGUGUAGACCAGAUAUUUCACCCACUGGACCAUUCAGAAAAGUAUUCUUCCCCAGCUACCCCUCCUGCCAAGGAUCAAGGUAAAGAAGAGAAAUAGUGGAUUUUUUGUAAAAAAAGUUAUAAUAAAAACCAAUAACUUAAUUUGAAAUGUAAGGUUAAAUAAAUGAAGAAGAGUAAUCUGUCCCAGUACUAUCAUAGAAAGGGUCAAUAAAAUCCUUUAUUAAUUAAACUAAAAACACACACGCACAGAUGCUUAAUCACUAGUCACUUCCGCCACCAUUAUAGUUAAUUUGGGCAGAAUAUGUGACAAGAUCUAAAUACGCUAAGUGAGGAAUAUAUACAAAAAGGAAGGGAGUGAAAUUUAACAAAUAAAUAAAUGGACAAAAUAAGGGCAGAAACCCAGGAGGGGGUUAAGCAGAUACUCCCCCGAAGCAGUAGUUGCACACUGCACGCAACACAGUUGCAAUUGACUAGCUAGAUUACUAGAUUGUAAUCUAUUUGGAUCCUCAAAUAAAUUAUAAUAAACACAAUGUUAGCAAAACAAAGAAGAUACUAAAUGAGGGUAUACAAAACUAAUGCUACGUGCUGUAUUAGCAAGAUAGCAUAAAUAUGCUCAUUGCUGAUAAAUAGCAACAGCUAACAAGGUUAAUGCCCCCUCCCCCCCAAAACAAAGACCAGAUGCAACACCAUGCUCUGAAAACGCAAAUAAAGACUGAAAUGCAUAUAAGUCUGUAGCAAUAUCUCAAUCUAUGAGUAUAUAAUGAAAAUUAGCUGACACAUCUAGGAACAUAGCCAUGGAUAAGGCACAAUCUCCGUAGAUUUCCUGAUCUCUGCCUUCAAGGGCACCUGUCUCUCAGUAAUAGAUAGUUAACUGGCUAACUGCUCUAUGAGAUAGCUGGAUAGACGGUUAGCACUGAGAUAUACUUGUUAUGGUAAAGGUAACAACUACACUAAUCUGUGCCUUCGUGGGCACCUAUCAAUGACUAGUGAGAAAGAGCUAAACUGGUACACUGAACUGGUAGACUAAUCUAUUACAAAAGAUCUAGUAAGAUAGUCCGUAGAAAUGUCCUGGGUGUAGCGAUAUAAAUCAAGAAUAUACAUGUAAAGUAGCAAGAGAAAUGUAAAUAUUUGCACCGAACAGGACCAAGUAUCAGGAGCCCCGACGCGCGUUUCGCCGAACAAAGUCUCAUCAGGGGGAACUGACUCCCCAGACAAGGUGAGUUUAAAUAACCCGCCCAUAGUCCUCAUUGGACCAACCGCAAGUGUGAGGUCAUCACCUAUCAUUACGGACUACGGUAGCUCAGCACGAUCAACAGUGUGAAACGUGCAUUUCAUGGGAGUCCACGUAGUCGUUAUGUUUUCAUACACUCCAUUGCAACAGUCAUUGAAGACUUCAUACUAGGGUAAAACUAAUACAUGUACACUGGUCAUAUUAAGAAUAAUGAUGUUCAAAUAAAUAUAGGUACUAGAAACUAUAUUGUGAACAUAUGUUAGAGUGACUCGUUAGGAUGUUAACAGGGAUGAAUCCCAGUGUCCAAAUAAAGAAUAGAAUAACUUACCGAAAUGUGAGUUUCUGACCAAAGUGUAAUGAUGUAGAGAGGAGAAGCUCAUUCCGAUAUUAGUGUAUAUGCAAUGAGUGUAGUUGAUGAAUAAUUCAUAUUAAUCAAAUGUCAUAGCAGUUUUAUAGUCUGUCGCCUAAGCGGAAAUAGAGUUGUUAGAGUGAGUUAAUAGAUAGUUAUAUUAACUACAAAGAUCAUAUCAUCAUAAUAAGUGCUGAUCAAAUUAAAAGGUAAUCUAUAAUCAGAUAAAGUGCUUAUUUUCAAUGAAUAAAUGCAGUAUAAUUAAAUUCUUCAUUCAGUUCCAAUGGGACCUGUUACAAACUGUCAUUUGUAACUGUUAUUUUAUUUGACAAAUUGCCCUGCUUCCCUGUGUUAUGGAGAAGCCUAAUUGCCAGCCUUCUGCCCCAUGACUAUGGACCUAGUGUGUAUGGCGAUUUGAUUGUAUUUGUGGGAUCUGAGCGCUCUUUGGAUAUAUUGAGCGCUCAGAUCCAAGCCAUCUGGGGAUAGGUUGAAUGUGGGGGUUCUGUUCAGUUCAAUAGGAGUUAUGUAUUUUUGUGUCUUUUUGUGUCUUUUGCUAACAUGUGGUUACUGGAGUCUGCCUCUAUCCCUGGAUAAUUGGAUUACUUUCCCCAUUGUCCAGGAUAGAGGCCUCUGUAAAACCGGUUUGGGCCAGAAAACCAUGCUGCCAGCCAGGCCCCAAAAGACACUUUUGCUAACUUUUGAACCCCUUGUCUGAUUUGUGCCAUUUUUUAAUAUGUUGCUCCCCUGAAUGGAUUGAUUCUAAAUAUGUAAUUUUAUGAAGAUUGUAUGUGUAGUUUGAAAGUUAUAGUACAUGUAUAAAAACUGUAUUUUUACUGCCUGUGUUUAAUUAUGUCAACCCAUUGUGUGCCAUAAUUAGAUCACAGGCAGAGGGGAGGAUUUUUGUGUGUAAUUGCUGGGAGUGUUUCUGUAAUGUACGUUUAUGAUUGGUUAUUCUGUAAACCCCUGUGGGUGGUCCUAUCUCAGGGAAACCUGCAUAAAAGAAGGCCCUUUGGUGCCAAGUAAACAGAUCUUCUUAACCCUCAAUACGUAGCCUUGUCUCGUUAUUGGAGGGAACUGCUAUAUCACACUGGGGAUUGCUAUGCUCUGCAUACUCCCUUGAGCUUUUAAUCACUUAGCUCUUUUAAGAGCUGUUCCUGUUACGCUCUCCUGGAGGAGAGGUCUUCCCCACACGGUCCUGGAGGACAGAAGCUGAUCCAGGGUGGAAGGAAGACGGCGAGACUCCAGUUAAGCUACGGCGGUUGUGGAGUCUGUGGUGGUUGUGGUAUCGGCUGCAGUGUUUGGAGUCCUCAGGAAGCGCUAGGAGCAUCCAUCAACGGAGGGUAUUCGGUCGGAUUACAGGGAGCUCCGUUACAUUGGUGGCAGCGGUGGGAUGGCGUCCUAGUGCGAGGAGAAACAGCUCGGAGACACCGGAAUCAUUACGGAGCGAUAUGGAGCCAGCAAGUCCCUGGACAGCGCUCAAAGUGGAGGAUGAGUUCGACUGGAGGUUACAGAGCCUCUUGGCCUCAGUGGGUGAGCCAGUAUCAGAGGCAACCAGGUUGGACUGCAGAGAGGGCGCCAGGAAAGAGAUGUGGGACGAAGCCCUGGAGGGUGUCCAGCAUUGGCGAGGUGAGCGUCUCCCCAGCGAGGAGCAGCGACUACAGGCCCGAGUGGCCCUAUGGAUGCCUAUGAUGGGAGAACAGCCCAGGUGGGAGUUGGUAAUGCAGCUUAAUUCUCUGGCAUGGAAGGAACUGGGGCUUGAAGAUGCAUACCAGGCACUACAUUGGUAUGCAGUUCAGCGUGUUCCCGGGAUGGCUAAGUGCGACAGACCAGAGGGCGAGGAUUACAAUGGCCCUGGCGUAUUAUGGUACGCCUGUACCGGACCAAGGUUCGGGAAUGCUGCAGAGUCACGGCUAUGGGACAUAUAUGAAUCCAGAGAAACCAUUCUAGAUCUCCCUAUGGAUGAAGACCUAGAGCCAGACCUGUUUGAAUUGGCCAUCCAGGAAUGGGAACUGGAACAGGAUUACCAGUGCCUACUCAGCUCCAGUCAGUCCCAGUAUACCUUGGAGGUACCACCAGGGCAGUGCAAGUUACAGGGAGCCGAAGGUGUCGUCCUUCCUCCACAGCGGCAGUGCAAGUUACAGGGAGCCGAAGGUGUCGUCAUUCCUCCCCAGCGGCAGUGCGAAUUCCAGGGGGCCGAAGGUGUCGUCCUUCCCCCCCAGCAGCAGUGUGUCCUACAGGGAGCAGAGACAGUUGGUCUCUCUCUCCAGCAGCAGGACAAUGUUAUGGGAGUGGAGACAGGCGGUCUCCCUCUCCAGCUGCAGCCUGUGUUUCAGGGAGAGGAGCACAGCACCCUAUUUCCCCAGCGGCAGCUUACCCUACCAAGGGGAGACACCAAUCUCCCAGAUGGCGCAGAUGGGACCGUGGUCUCUGUGCCUGACCUACAGGGAUGCUGGACAGCCUGUCCAGAUCCCCAACUACCCUCACAGGGACAACAGGAAGAGGGGGUAAGUACGAAUUCCCCUCCCCAGCUAACUCCUAACUUGGCCCCAGGGUUAACAGGGGAGAUGUUAACCCCCACUGACCCCCACGUUCCCCUGGCCACUGAGCCGGACUAUGUCCCAAGCCCCCCAGCGGAAGAGCUGGCAGCUGGGCAGAGUGCAGUCGGCCUCUGCCCUCCCUUUGUCCCUUGUCCAGAGCCUGAUGUCCUGCAGGCUAUACCAGCGGAAGAGCUGGCAGCUGGGCAGAGUGCAGUCAGCCUCUGCCCUCCCUUUGUCCAUUGUCCAGAGCCUGAUGUCCUGCAGGCUAUACCAGCGGAAGAGCUGGCAGCUGGGCAGAGUGCAGUCGGCCUCUGCCCUCCCUGUGUCCCUUGUACAGAGCGUGACAUUCUGCCGGCUACCCCAGCGGAAGAGCUGACAUCAGGGCAGAGCGCCGCUGGCCUCUGCCCUACCGACCCCCUUGUUACAGGACUGGUCUGCAACCCCCUCUCCCCAGCAGAAGUGCGGGCAUCAGGGCAGAGCGCCGCUGGCUUCUGCCCCCCAAGUACCACCAGCUUUUUGCCCAGCUGCACCAGGAAGGCAGAGGAUGCUGCAUUUUCAUCCUACAACCUGGAACCUACAGGCCAGUACUGUUUAUUGUGGGGGGGCUACUUUGCUACUUGUUAUUUGUGGGUGGGCUGCGAGACUAACUUAGGCACUGACCUACAGGAGGUCAGGUGCCUGGUUAGUCUCCCUCCAAAAGGGGAGAUAUGUUACAAACUGUCAUUUGUAACUGUUAUUUUAUUUGACAAAUUGCCCUGCUUCCCUGUGUUAUGGAGAAGCCUAAUUGCCAGCCUUCUGCCCCAUGACUAUGAUUCAGUGUGGCCUUAGCGAUUUGGCUUUAUUUGUGGCAGGAUCAUGUUCGUGUCAUAUCAAGUAGUCUGUGGAUGGUGUUAUCAGAUAAGUUAUUCUGAACCAAUGCGAUUUGUGCCAUUUUUUAAUAUGUUGCUCCCCUUAAUGGAUUGAUUCCAAAUAUGUAAUUUUUAUGAAGAUUGGAUGUGUAGUUUGGAAGUUAUAGUACAUGUAUAAAAACUGUAUUUUUACUGCCUGUGUUUAAUUAUGUUAACCCAUUGUGUGCCAUAAUUAGAUCACAGGUAGAGGGGAGGAUUUUUGUGUGUAAUUGCUGGGAGUGUUUCUGUAAUGUACGUUUAUGAUUGGUUAUUCUGUAAACCCCUGUGGGUGGUCCUAUCUCAGGGAAACCUGCAUAAAAGAAGGCCCUUUGGUGCCAAGUAAACAGAUCUUCUUGACCCUCAAUACGUAGCCUUGUCUCGUUAUUGGAGGGAACUGCUAUAUCACACUGGGGAUUGCUAUGCUCUGCAUACUCCCCUGAGCUUUUAAUCAUUUAGCUCUUUUAAGAGCUGUUCCUGUUACGCUCUCCUGGAGGAGAGGUCUUCCCCACACGGUCCUGGAGGACAGAAGCUGGUCCAGGGUGGAAGGAAGACGGCGAGACUACAGUUAAGCUACGGCGGUUGUGGAGUCUGCGGUGGUUGUGGUGUCUGCUGCAGUGUUUGGAGUCCUCAGGAAGCGCUAGGAGCAUCCAUCAACGGAGGGUACUCGGUCGGAGUACAGGGAGCUCCGUUACAUUGGUGGCAGCGGUGGGAUGGCGUCCUAGUGCGAGGAGAAACAGCUCAGAGACACCGGAAUCAUUACGGAGCGAUAUGGAGCCAGCAAGUCCCUGGACAGCGCUCAAAGUGGAGGAUGAGUUCGACUGGAGGUUACAGAGCCUCUUGGCCUCAGUGGGUGAGCCAGUAUCAGAGGCAACCAGGUUGGACUGCAGAGAGGGCGCCAGGAAAGAGAUGUGGGACGAAGCCCUGGAGGGUGUCCAGCAUUGGCGAGGUGAGCGUCUCCCCAGCGAGGAGCAGCGACUACAGGCCCGAGUGGCCCUAUGGAUGCCUAUGAUGGGAGAACAGCCCAGGUGGGAGUUGGUAAUGCAGCUUAAUUCUCUGGCAUGGAAGGAACUGGGGCUCGAAGAUGCAUACCAGGCACUACAUUGGUAUGCAGUUCAGCGUGUUCCCGGGAUGGCUAAGUGCGACAGACCAGAGGGCGAGGAUUACAAUGGCCCUGGCGUAUUAUGGUACGCCUGUACCGGACCAAGGUUCGGGGAUGCUGCAGAGUCACGGCUAUGGGACAUAUAUGAAUCCAGAGAAACCAUUCUAGAUCUCCCUUUGGAUGAAGACCUAGAGCCAGACCUGUUUGAAUUGGCCAUCCAGGAAUGGGAACUGGAACAGGAUUACCAGUGCCUACUCAGCUCCAGUCAGUCCCAGUAUACCUUGGAGGUACCACCAGGGCAGUGCAAGUUACAGGGAGCCGUAGGUGUCGUCCUUCCUCCCCAGCGGCAGUGCAAGUUACAGGGAGCCGAAGGUGUCGUCCUUCCUCCCCAGUGGCAGUGUGAAUUCCAGGGGGCCGAAGGUGUCGUCCUUCCCCCCCAGCAGCAGUGUGUCCUACAGGGAGCAGAGACAGUUGGUCUCUCUCUCCAGCAGCAGGACAAUGUUAUGGGAGUGGAGACAGGCGGUCUCCCUCUCCAGCGGCAGCCUGUGUUUCAGGGAGAGGAGCACAGCACCCUAUCUCCCAGCGGCAGCUUACCCUACCAAGGGGAGACACCAAUCUCCCAGAUGGCGCAGAUGGGACCGUGGUCUCUGUGCCUGACCUACAGGGAUGCUGGACAGCCUGUCCAGAUCCCCAACUACCCUCACAGGGACAACAGGAAGAGGGGGUAAGUACGAAUUCCCCUCCCCAGCUAACUCCUAACUUGGCCCCAGGGUUAACAGAGGAGAUGUUAACCCCCACUGACUCCCAUGUUCCCCUGGCUACUGAGCCGGACUAUGUUCCCAGCACCCCAGCGGAAGAGCUGGCAGCUGGGCAGAGUGCAGUCGGCCUCUGCCCUCCCUUUGUCCCUUGUCCAGAGCCUGAUGUCCUGCAGGCUAUACCAGCGGAAGAGCUGGCAGCUGGGCAGAGUGCAGUCAGCCUCUGCCCUCCCUUUGUCCCUUGUCCAGAGCCUGAUGUCCUGCAGGCUAUACCAGCGGAAGAGCUGGCAGCUGGGCAGAGUGCAGUCGGCCUCUGCCCUCCCUGUGUCCCUUGUACAGAGCGUGACAUUCUGCCGGCUACCCCAGCGGAAGAGCUGACAUCAGGGCAGAGCGCCGCUGGCCUCUGCCCUACCGACCCCUUUGUUACAGGACUGGUCUGCAACCCCCUCCCCCCAGCAGAAGUGCGGGCAUCAGGGCAGAGCGCCGCUGGCCUCUGCCCCCCAAGUACCACCAGCUAUUUGCCCAGCUGCACCAGGAAGGCAGAGGAUGCUGCAUUUUCAUCCUACAACCUGGAACCUACAGGCCAGUACUGUUUAUUGUGGGGGGGCUACUUUGCUACUUGUUAUUUGUGGGUGGGCUGCGAGACUAACUUAGGCACUGACCUACAGGAGGUCAGGUGCCUGGUUAGUCUCCCUCCAAAAGGGGAGAUAUGUUACAAACUGUCAUUUGUAACUGUUAUUUUAUUUGACAAAUUGCCCUGCUUCCCUGUGUUAUGGAGAAGCCUAAUUGCCAGCCUUCUGCCCCAUGACUAUGGACCUAGUGUGUAUGGCGAUUUGACUGUAUUUGUGGGAUCUGAGCGCUGUUUGGAUAUAUUGAGCGCUCAGAUCCAAGCCAUCUGGGGAUAGGUUGAAUGUGGGGGUUCUGUUCAGUUCAAUAGGAGUUAUGUAUUUUUGUGUCUUUUUGUGUCUUUUGCUAACAUGUGGUUAAUGGAGUCUGCCUCUGUCCCUGGAUAAUUGGAUUACUUUCCCCAUUGUCCAGGAUAGAGGCCUCUGUAAAACCGGUUUGGGCCAGAAAACCAUGCUGCCAGCCAGGCCCCAAAAGACACUUUUGCUAACUUUUGAACCCCUUGUCUGAUUUGUGCCAUUUUUUAAUAUGUUGCUCCCCUGAAUGGAUUGAUUCUAAAUAUGUAAUUUUAUGAAGAUUGUAUGUGUAGUUUGAAAGUUAUAGUACAUGUAUAAAAACUGUAUUUUUACUGCCUGUGUUUAAUUAUGUUAACCCAUUGUGUGCCAUAAUUAGAUCACAGGCAGAGGGGAGGAUUUUUGUGUGUAAUUGCUGGGAGUGUUUCUGUAAUGUACGUUUAUGAUUGGUUAUUCUGUAAACCCCUGUGGGUGGUCCUAUCUCAGGGAAACCUGCAUAAAAGAAGGCCCUUUGGUGCCAAGUAAACAGAUCUUCUUGACCCUCAAUACGUAGCCUUGUCUCGUUAUUGGAGGGAACUGCUAUAUCACACUGGGGAUUGCUAUGCUCUGCAUAUUCCCCUGAGCUUUUAAUCACUUAGCUCUUUUAAGAGCUGUUCCUGUUAUGUUCUCCUGGAGGAGAGGUCUCCCCCACACGGUCCUGGAGGACAGAAGCUGAUCCAGGGUGGAAGGAAGACGGCGAGACUCCAGUUAAGCUACGGCGGUUGUGGAGUCUGCGGUGGUUGUGGUGUCUGCUGCAGUGUUUGGAGUCCUCAGGAAGCACUAGGAGCAUCCAUCAACGGAGGGUACUCGGUCGGAGUACAGGGAGCUCCGUUACAGGACCAAUGUCUUAAAGGAAUAAAUCCAUUUGGAUUCCUUUUGCAACAAAAUUCUGUUGAAAUUGCCUUUUCUUGGGUUGGGCAAUGUAACGGACCGUUUUGCACACAAGAGGUUAAAACCGUUUAGGCGAUCGUCCCCUUUCAGAGAUGCAGGCACAGCUACUGUAGAACACCAAACUCCCGAACCGCAAAUAAGGGAAUGCUCUAAACGCCCGAACGGCAUCCAAUAUAGCACUCCAAACUCACAAACUGGAACCAUACGAAUAGCUGCUAGCAGACGAAUAGGAAAAGCACCCAAGCAGCUUAAACUUCUAGCAAUCAGUCUCUAUCAGCAUUCAGUAAAUCCCCCCAAAGACGAGACAGAGCUCCUUGUUGAGGGUCAAGCGGUGGUCUAUUUAAUGAGGGCUACCUGCCCAGUAUUUAUGCAGGUCUCCCACCUGGUGGACACUCCCCUAGGGGACCAAAUGGGAGACUGGGACAAAAGACAGAAUCAGCAAAAUAGGACACACAGUCACAUUAUAUUCCCACAAUGCAUCCUGGCUUCCUCCCCUCUGCCCUCUGCCCUGAGAAGUAAUUCAAUUAUCUCCCAGGACAAAGGCAAAUCGCCAUUAUGCACGUGGGGAUACUAAAAUAAGAAUUACUAUUAAAAUACACAAUGUGACACAAGUUACAAUAAAACUAUACAUUUAACAUAUCCCCAGAUAGCUCAGGUCUGAGCGCACAUUAUUAAGCGAAUGGCGCUCAGACCACACGAAUACAGUUUAAUCGCCAUGGGAUUCCUAUCUGGGGUACAGUGCAGUCAGGUACAACUACCGAAUACCGGGCCGUUCAUGCACUUCCACCGAACAAGAAGGGAGGUCGGCGGCUUCAGCGGUGUUCGCGCCAAACUGUGUCUGUUUUUAGUUCCAUGAGUUAGGCGUCGAACACCGCUGUGCGUUCGUGUGUUUAAAAUGGCCACGACCUUGUGUUCGGUAUACGAAUGGCGGCCACCCAGUAUUCGUCAAUUGCGGUUAACCGCAGCUUCUGGGAGGCUAAUUGCCGGCACACUCCAGCUCCCAGGUGGUCUAGUCAUUCGUGCGGUUGUUCGGUAGAUUGAAUCUACCGAACACCGGGCAGAAAAGCACAAAUAAGUAUUUUCUGCAGGGGAAACAAAGUCUUUUAACAUGGGGCCAUAAUCCAAAGGCAGCAGGCGAGCAACCAGGCUUCUCCAAUGCAAUGUGGCGAGGUUGAUCUCGUCACAGGCAAUAAUCUUUCUAUUGCCUGGAAUCUUAGAUUUUCUGAUUUGCCUUCAUGGAAAUUGUUGAUGUGUCUAGCCACCGGUGUGGGGGUGAUGGUGUUAUUUAUAUAUGUUAUAUGUUGUAAAAUUCUCCUACGGAACUGCUGCAACAUCUUACGAAUGUAUUGGAUGCCACAACUACACGUUAUAAGAUAAAUGACACGUGUAGUGCUGCAAUUCACCAGGACAUUAGUAGCUACACUGAUUUCGGAUUGUGUUGAUUGGACAGUCUUAGAAGGUGUAAUAUACUGGCAUGCCUUGCAGUGUCCACACCUAUAUGUUCCUUUUGUGCUUGAUAGCCAAUUGCUGGGUGGAGAAGGUAAUGUUAGGUGACUGUGGACAAGUAGGUCCUGUAGAUUGGUAGGUCUGCGUGCUGUGAGAGGUGGAUGGUUAGGUAAGAUAUUUUUGAGAAAUGGAUUAUGGAGUAGUAUUGGCCAAUUGUUGUGGAGUAUGUGCGACAGUGUUCCAGCUUUGAUCAAAAGUGGCAAUACACCUUGGGGUCCUCGAAUCCAGCCUGCUUUAGAACACGGUUAGGAUACCCUAAUUCCUUGAAUCUAGACCUUAAGAGUUGGCAUUCUUUGUAGAAAGUAGAAUCUUCGGAACAAUUUCUUCUCGCCCAUAAGUAUUGGCUAAAUGGAAUAGAUGCUUUUAAUCUAUAGGGAUGAUGGCUUCCCCAAUGAAGGAGACUAUUAGUCUAGGUAGAUGUCCGAAAUAAUUUGGUUUGGAUAGUGCCAUCUUGUGUUAGUAAGAUUUUUAGGUCUAGAAACACGAGUUCGUGUUCGUCGAUCACAUACGUUAGUUUUACAUUUAUCUCGUUGUCAUUAAGGACAUGAACGAAUUCCUCAAACAUCUGAGUGGGACCUGUCCAUAAGAGCAGCACGUCGUCAAUGUAUCUGUGCCAGCUCAAAAUGUAGCCGUGAAAACAGUCAAAUUUGGCUGAUGUGACGACAUGCUGCUCCCACCAUCCCAGAAACAAAUUGGCGUAUGUGGGUGCGCACGUAGUACCCAUACCCAUCCCCGAAAUUUGUAAAUAGUACUGGCCGUUAAAGGUGAAAUAAUUGUGGGUCAGUAUAAAAUGUAGGGCAGCAAUAAUAAUCUUUUUCUGAGAAUCAUUAUAAGAAGUAUUCUCCAAAAAAUAUUUUCAUGCUCUAAGCCCCAUUUGAUGGGGUAUGUUAGUAUAAAGAUCAACCACAUCCAGGCUGGCCAACAUUGUGUAUGGAGGGACUGUCUUGUCUUGUAGGAAUUGCAGGGUUGUUUUGGUAUCCUGGAGAUAAGAGGGUAACGUUAAUAUAAUUGGAUGUAAAAUGUUAUCAAUAAAUUGGCUAAGGCGUUCAGUUUAGCAAUUGUUCCCGGACACUAUGGAUCUCACAGGUGGAGGACGGGUACCCUUGUGUACUUUUGGUAAACAAUAAAAUGUAGCAAUUGUCGGAUUUUUGUGGGGUAAGAGAAAUUUAAAUUCGUCUGGAGUUAUAACCUUGUGUGUCUUAGCUUCCGUUAGUAGAAUGUCUAGUUCACUUAGGAACUGAGUGGUGGGGUCCGAGGGAAGAAUCCUAUAACAUAAAUUAUCAUCCAGGUGGGCCAUGCACAUAUUAAUGUACUCUUGUCUAUUUAAAAGGACAAUAUUGCCACCUUUGUCCGCUGGCUUGAUAAUUAUGUUGUCAAGUGAUUUCAGUUCUUUUAGUGCUAAACGCUCCUGAAAACUCAAAUUGUUAGGAGUGGGGGCGUAGCUAGCCAUCAUCUCAAAUUGGUUUAAGGACAUUUCUACGAAAAGGUCUACGUGAGGUUUAUCGUUAAAAUUAGGUGUAAAACAACUUGACGGUUUAAAGUUUGUAAGUGGUCUUAGGGGGUCCUGUUCGUCCUGAGGACUUGUCAAUAUUUUGGAGAGCUCAUAAUCGUUAGGGGAAAGACCUAGAUCGUUUGCCUGCUGCUGGUCUUUUUAAGCAUGCAUAAUGUUUAGAACUAGUUUCGUGCCAAAUAAAUGUAGGUCUUUUGACCAGUUAAAUUUACUGCAGUUAGGGGUAUGUACAAAAGAGAGUCCUCUACUAAGGAGGGUAAUAUGACGUGUUUGCAAUGAAAAGUCUGACAAAUUAAUAAUUCUAUUGCUGGCUAUGUCCUCUGUGUUCUGUAAGCCCAACGAUCUCUGUCCCUGAGUCUCCCCCGUUGUUGGCGGGGGUAGUCCUGCUCUAAAAAAGUAGCUGAUGGUGUAGUGGACAGAGUCGAAGAGUUAUUAGUCUCCAGGGGGAUUGGUAUAUCCAAGAAUGACACAGAUUUAUCAGUGUUCCUGAGAAUACUUUUCUUCUGAUAAGGUUGGGCACUAAGGUCCCUUUUACGGUCAGUACUCCUAUUAGAAAGAUCUACGUCUGGGUCUGGAGGGUUGAUCUUGGUCUGACCAAUCAGUCUCACCAGAGAAAGAUCCUCUGUGAUUACUCUGUCUUCUUUUAAAUUUUCUCUUUUGUCUGAAAAUCUCCCCUUUAAAGUCCUGUUGAAAUGUAUUAUGUUUUUUGAUCUUUAAAUGUUGUCUGAAACUUGUAAUAUUUUUCUGUAACUUAUUUUCCAUGGGUAUGUAAAGACUGUUGGACUUAAAGUUUUUUAUUUGUGUGAUUUCAUUUUGCAAUUUUUGAUUGGUUUCGUCAAAGUUAGUGGUUUCUAAUUUAAUCAGAAAAUCCAUCAACCAAAAAGAACAGACCAAUAAAAUCGUGUUCCAUUCACUGAGCUGUUCCUCAGUUUGAAUUUUAUCUGGCAAGAGAAUGUCCGGGUGUAUGCCCCUAGGCACUAGUUUUUGUUGUGAAUAUUGUUUAAGACUAGUCAGCUCCCAGAAACUCCUGAUUUGUUCCUGGUAUAUUUUUUGAAUAGCAAAAAGAGCAAUGUUAAUAUCAUUACUUAUAGUAUCAUUGGUGGAUAGUGAAUUAAUGGAGAAAACAUUUGUAAUCUCAUCCUGGCUUAAAUUGGGACCACCCAAUUUUUCCAACAGGUCAGUCAUGGGGUAAAAGCACUUUAUAAAUUAGGGGGAAAAUUUUGAGCCAAAAAGAAAAAAAUCUAAGCUGAUAUUUCCCAAGGAGGCCAGUGAGGUAAUAAAACCUUAGAGAUGAAUUUGAUAGAAUGUCCCAACCGCAAGUGUGAUGUCAUCACCUAUGGUCCAAUGAGGACUAUGGGCGGGUUAUUUAAACUCACCUUGUCUGGGGAGUCAGUUCCCCCUGAUGAGCCUUUGUUCGGUGAAACGCACGUCGGGGCUCCUGAUACUUGGUCCUCUUCAGUGCAAAUAUUUACAUUUCUCUUGCUACCUUAAAUGUAUAUUCUUGAUUUAUAUCGCUACACCCAGGACAUUUCUACGGACUAUCUUACUAGAUCUUUUGUAAUAGAUUAGUCUACCAGUUCAGUGUACCAGUUUAGCUCUUUCGUUACCAUAACAAGUAUAUCUCAGUGCUAACCGUCUAUCCAGCUAUCUCAUGGAGCAGUUAGCCAGUUAACUAUCUAUUACUUAGAGACAGGUGCCCUUGAAGGCAGAGAUCAGGAAAUCUACAGAGAUUGUGCGUUAUCCAUGGCUAUGUUCCUACAUGUGUCAGCUAAUUUUUAUUAUAUACUCAUAGAUUGAGAUAUUGCUACAGACUUAUAUGCAUUUCAGUCUUUAUUUGCGUUUUCAGAGCAUGGUAUUGCAUCUGGUCUUUUUAUUUUUUUGGGGGGGAGGGGGGCAUUAACCUUGUUAGCUGUUCCUAUUUAUCAGCAAUGAGCAUAUUUAUGCUAUCUUGCUAAUACAGCACGUAGCACUACCCUCAUUUAGUAUCUUCUUUGUUUUGCUAACAUUGUGUUUAUUAUUUAUUUGUUUAUCCAAAUAGAUUUCACUACACUUAUUUCUAUAUAUUACGAUCUAGUUAUCUAGCUAGUCAAUUGCAACGGUGUUGCAUGCACUGCGCAGCUACUGCUUCGGGGGAGUAUCUGCUUAACCCCCUACUGGGUUUCUACCCUUAUUUUGUCCAUUUAUUUAUUUGUUAAAUUUCACUCCCCUCCUUUUUGUAUAUAUUCCUCACUUAGCGUAUUUAGAUCUUGUCACAUAUUCUGCUCAAAUUAACUAUAAUGGUGGCGGAAGUGACUAGUGAUUAAGCAUCUGUGCGUGUGUUUUUAGUUUAAUUAAUAAAGGAUUUUAUUGACCUUUUCUAUGAUAGUACUGGGACACAUUACUCUUCUUCAUUUAUUUAUUAAUUACCCUAGCGUUACCCCCUUAUCUGUUCCCCAUUUCCUCUAUUUGGAUCUACACUGGGCCAACAUUCUAUGAAAUGUAAGGUUGUUUCUUUUUUUUUGCCCCAUGUCCCCUUUCACCAAGCAACCCCUUCUCCUCUCACCCAGAAACCCUUGUUCUCACACCCAGCCUUUGUCUCCCCCUUGUUACCCUCUCGCACCCAGCAGCUCCAUGUAUCCAUCUAACACCCAGAAGCCUCGUCUCCCCCUCUCACACAGCAGCCUAUGUACUCCUCUCACACCCUGUAGACCCAUGUCCCCCUCUGUCAGACAGUACCCAUUCCACAUACUAGAUCUCCCCCCCAACUUCAAUUCUCUCCCGCCUCACACAUACAUACCCUAUUCCCACACAUUACAUUUGGGCUACCCUCAGGGACAUUAAACCGAUAUCCCCACUUUUGAGAGGCAUACAUGUGAUCGGUGAUGACACAACAUGCUCCAUCUCGGGCAGUGGUCCUCUUGGGGCUGCUCUGCCUUCAAAUGCUCGGGCUAAAUUUUUAUUCCAUUCCAGCCCUGUAUAUAGGUAUCACAUAGAAAUCAUAGGUAGGUUGAGGGUCCCAGAGCUCUGUGUAAAUACCCCCUCUAUAUAGGAUUCCCAGGUAGGUUUCAAAGCUCUGUAGAAAUAUCCCUUAUAUAGGAUUCUCAGGUAAGUUUCCAAGCUCUGUAUAAAUAUCCCUUAUUUAGGAUUCUCAGGUAGGUUUUCAAGGUCUGUAUUAAUAUCCCUUAUAUAGGAUUCACAGGUAGGUUUCCAAGUUCUGAAUACACGUCCCUUAAACAGAGCUAUUAGGAAGGCCCCCAAAUCCUGUAAAUACAUCCCUCAGGUGGUGUUGAAGCGAUGUUACAAAGUGAUAUCUGUAUUAUGUCCCCAGUGUUUAAAUAAAGUUUUAAAAUAAAAAGUAGCUGAAAUUCGCACCUUCUUUUGUGACAUUGUGUUUGAUACGAGGCUCUCUACUCUCUCUAUGUGAUGCUCAGGUUGUGCUCGCUUCCACCAAGGACACAGGUCAGGUUGUUGCCAUUAAAAUAAUAAAGAAAGAUAAAGUUGAGGCAAAGACCAUUCAGAAGGAGAAUCGAAUACUGCAAAUGGCGAGUGGCAGUUCGUUCCUGUGUCAUGGACUUGCUUCCUUCCAGACCCCGGUAUGAAACUCCGUGCCCAUAAUGUUUCCUUAUUUCUAGAUAUGUCUAUAUGGCUGAUUGUGUUCUGUUAAUAUUAAUGCAGUAUAUAUUAACUGGGAAUGUGUUGCCUCUCUUGUGAAACAGAAGACCACCUCCCUGGUCAUGGAGUACAUACCAGGGGACAGUCUCCAAUCCUAUAUGACUGGGAAGGAAAAACUGUCCAUGGAGGAAGCAAGGUGAGUCAUUAAUAGCUAUAGCAGGUAAUAAUAAUAAUUUGAAAUAUUCUACCGUGUUAUAUGUUGUUUUAAUAUUAUUGUUUUGGGCAGAUUGCUUGAUGUUCUUUCUAUUCUUUUUUCCAGGUUCAUUUCCGCAAACCUUGUCUGUGGGAUCCAGUAUCUCCAUUCCCGAGGGAUACUUCAUAGGUCAGUAUUAGCGUUUGUUGAUUUAGAAAGCACUAUCGUAGUCUAAUGAGAAAUAAUGUGUUUAUAUCUCUGCUCUUUCCUUUAUCUCACAUUUAUAUCUGUCUUAAUUAUUUAGGGAUCUGAAGCCAGCCAAUAUUCUCUUUGAUGCCAAGGGCUAUGUCAAAAUAGCGGAUUUUGGCCUCUCGGAAGAGAAUAUUUUUACGGAUACAACCACCAAUGGACGAGCUGGCACAUUCAAGUACAUGGCACCAGAGGUUAGUUAGAGGGUGUGGUUAUGUAAGCUGUAGGGGGAGGAGUUAAGAGUAGCGGUAUGAGAACACUAUAGGUUUCAUGAGCAGUAGAGAGCCGAGUAUCGGUAGGGAGAUUAGGGCACUAUCAGAAUAGCAGUGGGUGGACUGAGAGGAAUGUGUUUAGGCUAGUUUUGGAAUAAAAUGAUGGGGAUAAUAUGAAAAGCUGUAAGAUAGACUGCAAUGGGUUUGAUAUGGAGUUUGAGAAUAUCACCAAGUAGAAAUAUAGUAAUGAUGUGUCCAUUUAAUACCACGUUUAAUAAAAUGACAUGUCUCAUGUGUUUUUCCAGGUACUAAGCUACAAAAAGUAUGGCCAUUCAGCAGACUGGUGGUCGUUUGGCGUCAUUCUCUAUCACAUGAUAACUGGGCAUAUUCCAUUCAACACCAAGAUCAGUAAGACGCAUUUUAUAAAUGAAGUAUUAAAAGCUAACCCAGGUUACCCAACCUGGCUGGGCAGUGAUACUAUAGACCUCCUGAGCAAGGUAAGGAACAGGCUGUGAUAGGAGCAGAUACACUGUAAGCCGGUAAUAGAGAAUGUGCCAGUUAAUGUAUUAAUUGAAUAUAAUGAUCCAGGUUGUAAAGAAGACGGAUAGAAGUUACUGGAGAAGAUAUAGGAUAUCGGUGGUAAUAGAUACUGGCUCUAUUUAUUGCAGUAUGUACUAACCCGGUUAUAGAACCAACUGUUAAUAGUGAGAAUAAAACAAGACAUAUACUUUACAAAAUGUAAUCUUGUCUAUUACUAUCUACCUGCAACGUACCGACAAAUGGAGAAGCCAUUUUCUGAUUCUAUUGGACUACACAAGAGGAAAUCUUUAUUCAAAUAUAUUUAUACCGACAGGAAAAAAAAUAAAAAGAGGCAGCUUUGCUCAGGAGUAGGCACCAUCUAGUGUUUAAUUGCAUAUGUGCUUGCUGAAUGACUUAUCUGCUGUUUAGAUAUAUAUCAAAGUGAUGUACCUACUCCCUAUUUUAAUUACUAUGUGAUGCCAAUUAAUUGCCUCAAUAAAAUAAAAAAAUAUUUAUAAAGAAUUAGAGUUGCUGGUAUGAGAUGUAACAAUUUUCAACAAACUUUACACAAACACAGCCUCAUCUGAGGUUUGAUAGAAGGUUAAAAUGGCUUCCUUCAACAGGGGUGAUAACUUGUAGUUUGCGUUAUAGAUUAUUACAUUGUACAUUAAAAUGUUACAGUUCAGAGAUAUCACAAAGUUAGUGUUAUACUCCGUGUAUCCCCUCUCUCUCUCUCUUACUAGCUCCUGGAUAAGGACCCUUGUGCACGCGUUGUGAUGGGAAGGAACAUUCGGGAGCACCCCUUCUUCAAAGACAUUAAUUGGGAAGAUCUUGAGAGGGGUAAAGUGAGCUGUCCAUUCCUGACAUUGCUAGUAAGUGCACAUAGAAUCAGUAUUUACAAACUGAGAAGGGAUUAUAUAGAAUAAUAAAUCCUUAAUUAUUAUUAUUAUUAAAAAACGAUUCCUUAAUCCUCCAUUAAUCACAUCCCAGCAGGGGUUCAACUAAAGAAGUACUGGAUUAAUUUCUCCCCACCGUUAAUGUAACCAUUAGAAACUGUACAUUGUUAUUUAUAUGUAAGAAGUAGACAAUGCCAUAUGAUGCUAAACUAAUUACAUUUCCCUUCAUAUUGCAGACACCAGAGACAGGCAACACGGGGAAGUAA